GGCUGGCCGUUGAGUCGCUCACACCGUGGCAGUGAAAGUAGAGUGUGCGGGCUGCCUUGCUCUUCAGGACCCUUCUCUCUUCACUACGGCGCUUUUUGGCCGUCGUUCACGAAACGUGAAGCCCUUCUGAAGAACUCCAGUCCCUUUCCCGUUGAUACGACUUAAAGGAAGAUCCUGUCUAAUACCAAACACAUAUUGGAUUUGUAUUGUAUUAUACAUUUUUAAUAGCCCGACGUCAUAUCAACGGCCAUGGCAGCCAGCGCGAAGCGAAAACAGGAGGAAAAACACCUGAAGAUGCUGCGGGAAAUGACGAGUCUGGCGCCCAACCGAAAGUGCUUCGACUGCGACCAGCGCGGGCCGACCUACGCCAACAUGACCGUGGGCUCGUUCGUCUGCACCUCCUGCUCGGGCAUCCUACGAGGCCUGAAUCCCCCCCACAGAGUGAAGUCCAUCUCCAUGACGACCUUCACGCAACAGGAAAUAGAAUUUCUACAGAAGCAUGGAAAUGAGGCAUGUAAACAGAUAUGGCUUGGCCUUUAUGAGGACAGAAACUUGGCAAUCCCAGACUUUAGAGACCCUCAGAAAGUCAAAGAGUUUCUUCAAGACAAAUACGAAAAGAAACGAUGGUAUGUUCCUCCAGAGCAGGCUAAGACGGUGGCGUCAGUUCAUGCGUCUGUCUCUGGUUCAUCUGCUAGCAGCGCCAGCAGCACUCCAGAGGUCCGACCUCUCAAAAUAUUACUGGGGGAAUCAGUACCCACUUUACACCUCAACAAAAACACACCUAGCCAGUCUCCGGUUGUGUCACGCACUCAGCUAACCCAGCAGCAGCAUCAGGACAGGAAGUUCGAUCUGCUCAGUGAUCUAGGUGGCGACAUUUUUGCGCCUCCACACUCGCAGUCCACAGGCAAUGCAAACUUUGCCAACUUUGCACAUUUCAACAGUCAUUCAGCAGUGCAGAAUGCAAAUUCUAAUGCAGAGUUUGCGAAUUUUGAUGCGUUCAAUAGUUCUGCUGCUCCAAAUACAGCAGCAUUUCCAUCAGCUCCACAAGCCUCAUUUCAGCCCGCACAACCAGGAAGCUCAUCAGGACUAGCUAAUGCCAACUUUGCAAACUUCGAUAACUUCCCCAAAUCCUGCAGUGCUGAUUUCGCCUCAUUUAGCUCCACCAAGAGUAACUCUGUGGGAGAGGGGCAUAAAGUGGAAGCAACCAGUGUCCCUGCAGACCGAUACGCAGCCCUCUCCAACGUGUUCGGCAGCAAACCUGAGCAAGGCACAAGUUCAGCCCCUCCAUCAGCAGGUGUGGGUCCCCCACCUCCACAGGCGGCUCUGUCGGGCGGCGAUCGCUACGCUGCUCUUGCUGAACUGGACAACGUCUUUAGUUCCUCCACACCAAACGUGAGCGGGUACAACACUGCCACCACAGCACAAGGGUCUGUGUUUGGAUCCUCUCGGGCUGUUCCUCCAGUUCAAUCACAACAGAGUUUACCCAGCAUGCCUCAGGGUUUUGGAGGGCCUUCGUCGAAUCCAUUCGUCGCACCUGGGGCCCAACAGGGCGCUCCCACUAACCCGUUCCAGGCCAAUGGAAGAGCAGUUGUACCAGGAGUGGGUGUGGCCACAGCGGCCUCUUUUGGCCCACCGUCCAUGAGCAUGCCGACUGGGUUUGGAAAUGCUGCUGCAUACAACCUUCCCACCAGCUUCAGUGGAAACUUCCAGCAGGCGUUUCCUGGACAGCCGUUCGCCCAGCAGCACGCGUAUCCCCAACAACCCAACGGAGGUUUUGCUGCAUUUGGUCCAGGUAAAGUCACUCCGUUUGGACAGAACAUGACUGCGCCUGGAGUAGCCAACAAUCCCUUCAUGGCAGGGGCACCGGCUGCACAGUUUCCUGCAGGAGGAUCAUCCUCAAACCCCUUCUUAUAGCGCUCCGGUGGGCGACCUGCGACUCGUUCGCACCUCUUGCACUGUUUUGUUUCUCAAGUAGCUUUAAAAAAAAGAAACAUCAAUUUCCUAAAUACAUUUUUAUUGUAUUUUAAAGAGCAGAAGACUGAAAAAAACAGCAAUGGAAUAGAUACAUGAUCCUGUCUAUGGCACAUCCAUAGUAAAAGAAACCAAAACAUGUUGCAGAAUUGUUUGGAGAAAAGGAGCUUUUUUUUUUCCAUUAUUAUUAUUAUUCUUUUUAAUCAUGCUCCUUUUGUCAUUCCUGUGAACUGGCCUGACCUGGAAAUCAUCUGCAUGACGUGGUGGAUUACCAAGUUAUUGCAAACCUCCUGUUCAUGUUAAUGCUGCAAUUGUGUACAGAAUUCUUUCAUAGAAAUUGCAAAUUUGUAGGUCUUUGUGCAUAUCAGUAUUUGUAUCUUUAACACUCAUACAUGUGUACACACACAUGCUGCAUAUAAGGCGCUGACGUCCAUCAUGCUGUGAAUAACAUUAAGCAAAAAUGUGGAAUCCAUUUUUUACAUCAUAGUGUCACAUUUAGUGCUUUUGGAGUUUGUGAGAAUAAGACGAAAACAUUGUUUGUGUUAAGAGGAGUUUAAACUACAAGACUCUUUUUGAAUGUCAACAACUCUUGAACUCAUGAGACUCCGACUCAAGACCACUUAUGUUACAAAAAUCUUAAGUUAAUGUGUAUGUGUGUGUGUUUAUAUAUAUAUAUAUAUAUAUAUAUAUAUAUAUAUAUAUAUAUAUAUAUAUAUAUAUAUAAACAAUGAAUUUUAUGUAAAUCAAAUGUGAUGGCUUAAAAUUCCUGUUCCUUGUGUUCAAAACUUUGUUCCAGUGAUGAUUUGUGCAUCAUCUUCUGCCUUAAAAGCUUCUUCUGGAUUUUCUUACGGCGUUUCAGUCUCAGGUUUUCGGCACAUAGUGGUAUACAAACCCCUCAAGAAGAAAAUGAGUGCAAUAAUAGAAAAAUAUGCUCCGUAGACGAUAAACUGGAAGACAAGUAACAAAAAUAGUCUAAAUACAUGUUCUGGAUCCAAUACAAAUUUAGCAUGUGUGUCGUGCUGGUGAUGACAGUAGAAGAUAAUUUUGACCUAUAUGGAAGGUGUCAGGUAACCUCACCUGUGUGACAAUAUCCAGCCCAAGCCCACUGCUAUCCACCACCACUGAGGUGAUGAUUGUCUGGAGGAGCAGCGCACAGAAGGUGUUGGCUCCGAACACAAGGGCGUAGCGCUCCAUGUUCAACCCAGCUGCUAUCUGGAACCUGUGAAACAAGGGCAUAGAUGUACUCGUGCAUUCAUUCACUCAUUGGAGAGAUGAUAUUAACACAGAUGUAUUUUUCUUUCUGCUGCUUUAUUAAAUGUCAGGAAAUUGUGAUUUCCAUGCCUGGAAAAGUUAUUGUAAUUAAUAAAAUGAUCUAUAAUGUA